AUGGAGGUUCUCGCAAGGGCUCCGUGUGCGGAGCGCCGCGACGGCCGAGUAUCCUUGGCAUCGCGGACCCAAACUUUGGUAAUGAAGAUGGGUCGGUCGACGAUUGCCAUGGUUUACAGGAGAGCCAACGAAUGUUCUAAUGAAGAUUCUAAAAUUUUUCUCAAAGCCAGCAUCACGAUAGAGAAGGUUGAUCAACUUCAGAUCGUGAAUGGAUUUGAAAAUAUGAUCCAGUUGUACCUACUGAACGUAUCUUAUCUCGAUCCGGUGUCACGUUAUCUCGUCAGCGUCAAGCGCUAUGAUGCAUCCACCACGUACUGGACGCGUCAAACGCGUGACUCACCCACUCCAAAUACCCGGUGGCUUCACCUUCCGAAUGCUUUCGGCGUGGAACCUAACGCACCUCUUGCAGCGGCCGCGGAGAACGGAAUGGCGCUUGCCGCCACGCCGCCGCCGCCGCCGCCGGAUGACUCACGGUCACGUGGGAAUCGAUGGCGGCGGCGCCGGCCGGUGCGGAGCGAUGCACAGACGCUCCAAGACCACGGGAAGCGAGGGGGGCCGCGCCGCCGACUGCGGGACCCAAACAUCGCGAGUCCGUUGACGUUUGAUCAGUUACUGUGUCAUACAAUCGGGAGUUUAAAUGUCACUACUGUAGGAGCCAUCCGAUUGGAUGCCACCGUAACGGUUGCUAUACGUCAACGGAUUCAUAACAUGGACUCCUUUGAGGACCAUGGAAAUAUACAAAAUCUUCCAGAUGAAGUGCUUCUGGAAAUAUUUCAAUACAUGAGUCUUGAAGAACUAGUUACAUGUAUUCAAAAUGUAAGUCUCCGAUGGAGAAAUGUUUCGCAACAUUCUGUCCGGCUGUGGAAAAAUAAGAUAUAUAAACCAGUUUCAAGAGUUACUGAUGAAGAAAUCAUUGCCACACUAAAAAAAAUGCCCCAGCUGAGAACUUUUGUUUUUAAUCCAGAUUGUUUGAAAUUAGAUGAAAUUAUUAAUGUGUUGUGUUCACAUUGUAAACAUUUACAAACACUUGUUUGUGAUGGUUUUGGUGUUUCAACUUCUCAUUUGCAGAAGAUGGUUAAUAGUCUGCAUGAUCUUGAGUGGUUUCAGUUAUCUCAGUGUCAUAUAAUAGAUCAUAUAUCUCUCUCCCUUCUAAGCCAGUUCAAGAAACUCAGAAAAUUAACAUGUGUGAAUGUAGGGCCUGCUUCUACUUUCAUUAGAGCUAAUAAUGAAGUUUUUCAGUCACUUGAACACAUUGAAAUAAUUGCUUAUUGUUCAUGUGACAGAGGGGGAAUUCAUGAAGAUCAAAUAAAUAAGGAAAUUCUUACUAAAAUGUUUCAAUAUUGCCCGUUUCCAAAACUAAAAAAACUAGAUCUCAGCAACUGCCUGAAUAUAAGUGUACACACUUUGCGAGCAAUGCACAAAAGCUGCCCAGGUGUGCAAGAACUACAUUUCAGUCAUUGUGUACAUUUUGAUGAUGAAUGUUCUCUAGUUUUAACUCAGUUUCCAGAAUUACUUUCACUUGACUUAUCAUGCUGCAAUGGAGUUUCUGAUGAAGGUUUGUCUUACCUUGCUCGAUGUCCAAAACUUGAAAUGUUAGACCUCAGUUGGCGAAUGACUGUGGGUGGACUUUACUCUGAUGAAGUAACCAGUUUUGAAUGGAAUCUGACUUGUGAAGAACAAUUUCCAUUUUCACCGUCCUCUAUUUCAAUUUCUGAUUCUGUCUCGGAAACAGAAGCAAUUGCUGCAUCUCCUGAAACUUCUUGGUCAGCUAGCGUGCAUUCAAGAGAAGGACAAUUACCUUAUAGGGUAUUUCCACAGCUUGACAUUGCAGAUUGUCAAACUCAGCAUAACGAUAUAACGAGGACCAAAAACCGCCCAUGGUGUGAUUACACUGUAAAAAAGAAGGCGCAACAUUUAAUAUUCAUUCAAAGGACAGACAUAGAAAGGCCUACAGAUUAUGUACGUCUUCUAGAUUUGCUCGCGUACAGUAUUGUGCCCAGCAAGUAUUUGUGGAAAAAGCUUAAGAAACCUGUGACCCCGCGGCGCGACUAUGUUCCAGACAUGCACCGUAGUGACCGUUAUAAAGACACCGUAGUGACAGUGAAACCCCACAUUAAAAUGAGCCAACUAGUAACAGAUAUGAACUAA